UACACCCAAUAUGGCGGCGUCACAAUGUCAGUGACAGUCGAACAAAAUGAGAAAGUUUGUGUUGAAUGUGGGAAAGAGUCUGGAGAAAUUUUUAAAGAAUUCAAAGGACGAAGCUUUAAACUCUGCAUUUGUAAAUAUUGCAAUAGCAGAGUUGACAAAUAUGUUGAAUUUGACACAGUUCUUGUGUUUCUGGAUAUAAUUCUACAUAAAGUUGCAGCAUAUCGACAUGUUGUGUUCAAUAUAACUCCAAAGAUACACUGGCAACUUGGAAUCAUCUAUCUUCUCUGCGAUACUUACAUCAAAUGGUACAACAUAAAGCAUAAAAAAUCACGUGACUUUGGCACAAUCACCGAUUUCUCUGUCCUUGAAAUGCAGUUUUACUUCAUGUUUAUUUUGUCAUGUUCUGAGGCAAUUGUAUUUUUGUCAGCGAUUUUUGCUGAAUUGUGGAUAUACGCCGCGCUAAAAGAAACAUCAGGACCAAGUAGAUUUCGUGACGUACUUCGUGUGCUGUUGUUGUCAAGUUUUGGUAAAUUGCUGGCGUUUCCUGCCGUAGUGUGGAGUCAAACUCACAAUGCCAUAUAUCUUAGCGUCGCCAGACUUUUUAUAGUAACGUCAAAUAUCGUCGCCUUGAAUGUUAUUUUGAAAGAAAUGUUGGCAGCUGUAAUUAUUGUUUUGGUCGGUAAUGCCGUAUUGUACUCUUUCAUAUCUCUUUAUGAAACAUUUCAUAUUCACGAGUAUCUAAUAUGAAUUGUAUAUUUAUGAAAUGACCAAAUGACUCGUACUAAAAUAACAAUGUAGUUAUGCCCGAAUAGCAUUAAAGGAAUUUUCUUCUUUUCAAA